UAUAGUAUACUGUACUCAAUAGCAUUACGUUAAUGAAAGGUCAAUAUACAUUUUAUAAAAUGUGGAAUUGCUUAAAAGAAUGUGGAACAUGUUGCUGCUGUAAUAGUGGCUUUUAUAAAAUUAAGCACUUUUAUUGGUCUUUUAUUAACACAGUGUCUAAGGCACAUUGGUAAGUGCCCUGUUGGUAUGAGACUGUAAUUCAGUACUACAGUAUUGCAUAUAAUUCUUCAGCUUUUAUUGCUAAGCAGAGUUUUGUGGCAACUAUAUAUAAAUGGCCCAUCAGCCUGGUAUCAUCCCCGCUUCCUAUCCACUGUCCUGUUUGGUCACAGAAAACUGCAGAAGAUAUCUGGGGUUCUGUCUUCCUGCCAGUCAGAGCCAAAGAACACCUCUAUCUCCUUGCUUGAUGGUCCAUGGGACGAGGAGACAGAGUCACAAGAGGCCAUGGAGCCUCACAAAUUGAUGAGGGAGGUAGUUACUAAAGGUAAUGAGCAGACCCAAAUCUACAAACUGGCUGGCUACCAGAAGGACUGAUUUCUGAACUUUUUCUAAGUAUGGCUUGCAGAAGAAUAGGAGGCCAUGGACACACUCUUUCUCCAGCUUCCUCCAUUAACUGUGUAAAAGCCCUAGCAACUGGAAUUCGAACACACAGUAUAUGCAUGGUAUCUGAUUUUUUUUAUCCAAAUAUGGGAGGAGUGGAAAGUCACAUCUACCAGCUGUCACAGUGCCUGAUUGAAAGAGGGCACAAAGUUAUAAUUGUCACCCAUGCUUAUGGAAACCGAAAAGGCAUUCGUUACCUCACCAAUGGUCUGAAAGUUUAUUAUUUACCUUUGAAGGUCAUGUACAAUCAGUCUACAGCAACAACGCUCUUCCACAGUCUGCCUCUGCUCAGGUACAUAUUUGUGCGGGAGAGAGUCACCAUAGUCCAUUCCCAUAGUUCGUUUUCUUCCAUGGCUCAUGAUGCACUCUUCCAUGCCAAGACAAUGGGACUACAGACAGUUUUUACAGACCAUUCUCUCUUUGGAUUUGCUGAUGUCAGUUCGGUGCUUACAAACAAACUUCUAACUGUGUCACUCUGUGAUACAAACCACAUCAUUUGUGUCUCUUACACUAGCAAGGAAAACACUGUACUAAGAGCAGCACUGAAUCCUGAGAUCGUAUCUGUCAUCCCUAAUGCUGUUGAUCCCACCGACUUCACUCCAGAUUCAAGUAGAAGGGAUGAUAGUACAAUAACAGUUGUUGUUGUCAGCAGGCUUGUUUACAGAAAAGGUAUAGAUUUGCUUAGUGGUAUAAUUCCUGAACUUUGUCAGAAAUAUCCAGAUUUACAUUUCUUAGUUGGAGGAGAAGGACCAAAGCGAAUAGUUUUGGAAGAGGUACGGGAAAGAUACCAACUACAUGACAGAGUGCGUCUUUUAGGGGCUUUGGAACACCAGGAUGUUAGAAACGUCUUGGUCCAGGGACACAUUUUUCUCAAUACUUCUCUCACUGAAGCCUUCUGUAUGGCAAUUGUGGAAGCAGCCAGUUGUGGUUUACAGGUUGUGAGUACAAGAGUUGGUGGAAUCCCUGAGGUGCUACCAGAAAAUCUUAUCAUCUUAUGUGAGCCCUCAGUGAAAUCUUUGUGUGAUGGUCUGGAAAAAGCUGUUGCCCAGAUCAGGUCAGGAACACUACCAACCCCAGAAACUAUCCAUAACAAAGUAAAGCCAUUCUAUACAUGGAGGAAUGUCGCAGAGAGAACUGAAAAAGUGUAUGACAGAGUUGCAGAUGAAGUGGUAUUACCAAUGGACAAGCGGCUUGACAGACUAAUAUCUCACUGUGGCUCAGUGACUGGGUGUAUUUUUGCUCUUUUUGCUGUAUUAAGCUUCCUUUUCCUGGUAUUUCUGAGAUGGAUGACUCCAGAUUCCAUUAUUGAUGUUGCAGUAGAUGCCACGGGUCCUAGUGGAGCAUGGACUCAACAGUAUUUUCCUAGUAAAAAAGGAAGUGAGAGAGAAGAGAUUUUAAACUGUUAA